AUGGACUUAUCAUUAUACCAAAAAAGCAACCUUCUCUAUGACCAAGAAUCAGUUCUCAGGUACCGACCAGGGGGAUAUCAUCCAGUGACCCUGGGAGAUGUCUUCAAAAACGAUCGCUACAAAAUAUACCACAAACUAGGAUGGGGCGGCUAUUCAACUGUGUGGCUUGCCAAAGACAGAGACCAAGAUCAAUGGGUCGCACUGAAGAUCAUGACCGCCGACUCGGAGGCAUCCCGAGAGCUCCAAAAUAUGAGACAUCUAGAAAGGGAAUGUCCUAGCAAUCUUUCUUCUGUGUAUAUCGUUCAGUUACUUGAUGCCUUCACACAUGAAGGCCCGAACGGAGUCCACCAGUGUCUUGUACUUGAGCUACUUGGCCCAUCCGUCAAUCAUGUUCUCAGAGAUUACUCUGACCCAUGCAGCCCUAAUGAUCCGCUCGAGCCCGAAAUUAUACUUCGAUUAUCUACCCAGGUUAUAAAAGCUGUCAGAUUUAUUCACUCUUCCGGCAUGUGCCAUGGAGAUGUAAGCGAUCAUAAUAUGGCAUUUACUUGCACCGCAAUCUUAGACGCAACCCCGGAGAAGCUUCUUGAAAUCAUUGGGUCUCCAGAGAUUGAGGAACUAGCUCGCAUUGACGGCAAACCACUCGAGAAGGGACAACCCACCCAGCUUGUAAAGGCAGCGGAAUGGGUUGACUGGAUAGACGAGGACGAAGAAGAAAUUCGUCUUAUAGACUUUGGAGAGGCAUUUCUCCAGGGAGAUGAGCCCGAAAGACUCCACCAGCCGGGCAUAUUACAGGUACCAGAGACAAUAUUAACAGAUAGCUUUGAUUACCGGCUUGAUUUAUGGCGCCUAGGUCUCGUGAUUUAUGCGUUUGCAUUCAUGGCGUACCCUUUCAUGUACCUUGGCGAUGACGAAUUUUUGGGGAUUUGCCGGUUGAAUGGCAGACGCAGUGGGAAGAGCUGCAGGCGAAAUCUGGAAUUUGACCAAGAGCACAAUAGGCUCGAAAGCAGGUUUGCAAGGAGAGUGCAAGAUCCAGAGCUCCAGCCUCUAAUGGCAGUUAUUAAAGGAUUCAUGCGCUUUUUGCCAAGUAGUCGCCUGACUACAGAGAAGGCACUUGAAUUGCUGCAUGUGUCCAGUGCCGAAGAAGGCAAACAUUGA